UAUGAAAUGUAAAAAAAAAAAAAAAAAAAAACAUGUCUCCAAAAGCUAAUAUUAAAUAAGUAUAAUUACUUAUUACAUUAUUUAAUAAUUUUAAAGAUCAGCUUAGUUUAGAGAUAUCGGUAUCGACGUCAACAAUACUGGGCUUGAAAAUAUCGGUAUCAGACCGAAAAUAAAAUAAGAGGUAACGCCCAUCCCUUGGUGUUCAACACCCCUCUAUCGUUCAUAAUCCACGAAUGGACCAAUCAGCUUUGAGCAAAGUACGUAACCGAAUCCAUUCUCAUAGUAUGCCUGGUAGUAGCAAAAUGGCUUCACCGUACUUGGAGAAUCCUGUAGACAUCGGAGCCCAAAUUAUACAAAGGGCUUUACGCAGGGAAAGAGUUUUAAGAGAUAAACAAAACCCAUUGGCAUUCUCUGAUGAGCACUUAUACGAGAGAUACGGGUUUUCGGCGGAGGGAAUAUUAUAUCUAUGUCGGCUUCUUGAGCCCCAUAUUAAAAACCCGACUCGACGAAGCCACGCGACCACUGUCCCGCAAAUGAUUUGUAUUGCUUUGCGUUUCUUUUCAAGUGGCACAUAUCUAUAUGAGGUGGGCGAUGCCGAAAAGCUCAGCAAAAACACAGUUUGCCGAACUAUUCGUAGGGUGGUUAUCGCACUCCAGAGAUACAUAAACACUUUCAUUGUGUUCCCUGGACAUUUACCCACCGUGACCAUAAAAGAGGGCUUCUCUAAAAUAGCUGGAUUCCCUAGAGUUAUUGGAGCAAUAGAUUGCACGCACAUUCCAAUCUCUACACCAACAAAACAAAUCGAGGCUGAUUAUCUUAACAGAAAGGCUACUCAUAGCCUCAACGUUCAGAUGACUUGUGACCAUCAGUGUAUGAUCACAAGUCUGGAUGCCAGAUGGCCUGGCUCUAUGCUGGACACCCAGAUUUUCGAGAAAUCGUUGUUACGGCAGCGCUUUCAAGAAGGGCUGUUUGAUGGCCUGCUGGUGGGAGACAGAACUUACGCUUGUCAGAGCUUUUUAAUGACUCCACACCCUGACCCUGAGACAAAACCACAACAUGACUUUAACAUGGCCCUCAGUCAAACCAGGCUCAAGAUAGACAUGACUUUGGCCAUUUUAAAGGCACGGUUCAACUGUCUUUGUGACCUAAGAGUAUCACCAGAGCGGGCAUCUCAGAUCAUAGGUGCCUGUGUUAUCCUCCACAACAUUGGCACUAUAAGGAAGGAGCGGAUGCCAAAUGAAUAUCAACUCCCACCUGAUGAUAUUGAGCCUUUCACGGAGGACCAUCCAUCUGGCAGAGGUGUCAGAGAUGCAAUAACAGCAGAAUAUUUCACUUAGCAUUGAGUAAAAGCAAAAUGACCCACAUGUUUACACACAUUCCUUAACUGCCUUUCAUGUUAAGACAAACAUGUUUCAUAUGUGACCCUAGACCACAAAACCAGUCUUAACUCUCUUGGGGUAUAUUUUUUAGCAAUAGCCAAAAAAACAUUGUAUUUGUCAAAAUUAUAGAUUUUUCUUUUAUGGCAAAAAUCAUUAUGAUUUUAAGUAAAGUAAAUGUUCCAUGAAGAUAUUUUGUAUUUUGUAUGAAUUUCCUUCUGUAAAUAUAUCAAAACUUAAUUAUUGAUUAGUAAUAUGUAUUGCUAAGGGAAGUCGUGGCCUAAUGGUUAGAGGGUUGGACUCCCAAUCGAAGGGUUGUGAGUUCUAGUCUCAGGCCGGACGGAAUUGUGGGUGGGUGGAGUGCAUGAUCAGCUCUCUCUCCACCUUCAAUACCACGACUUAGGUGCCCUUGAGCAAGGCAUCGAACCCCCAACUGCUCCCCGGGCACCGCAGCAUAAAUGGCUGCCCACUGCUCCGGGUGUGUGCUCACAGUGUGUGUGUGUGUUCACUGCUCUGUGUGUGUGCAUUUCGGAUGGGUUAAAUGCAGAGCACAAAUUCUGAGUAUGGGUCACCAUACUUGGCUGAAUGUCACUUCACUUUUCACUUUUUAAGAAUUCAUCUGGACAAAUUUAGACAAAAAAGUCUUUUUAAAAAUUUUUAAAAAAAGAUUUUUUUGCACCCUCAGAUUCCAGUUUUUUAAAUAGUUUUAUCGCGGCCAAAUAUUGUCCUUUUCUAAUAAACCAUACAUCAGUGGAAUGUAUUAAAAAAAAUAGUAAAUAAAUAAAAAAAUUGACACUUGAGACUGGUUUUGUGGUCUAGGGUCACAUAUUAUAAACCUCUGUAAAAACCACUCCACAGGUUGUGAAAUCAUAUAAAUUCUUGUAAAAUGUAAAAAAAAAAAAAAUUUGUAUUUGUUCAUUUUUUAUAAAAAGUUAGACAAAUUAUAUUAUUCACAACUAUUUUGACUGUUGGAAUGGGAAAAAAAGUUUAUUUCCAUGUUUAUUUUUUAUGUCAUAUUUUGGACCUCUAUGUGUAAUAAUUGUCAUGAAUGUAUUGAUCUUAUUUCAAGAAGAAAAAUCAUUCAUCAUAAACAUUUUUAACUCUUCCCAACUGUGCUUAUGUAAUUACAUACACAGACUCGGACAGUUUGAGUUUAUGCAAAAUUUUAUUUUGCAUGUCAAGACAGUGGAGACACUCAUUCA